UUCCAUCCUCCGGCUCUCAUACAAGCCACACGCGCCCUCCUGCCCGUCUCCGGCCCUGUCACGGACUCCUGCCCGUGUUUCUGUCCACAUAACUGGGCGCAGUUCUCCUUCUGCUUAGCUCACACAACCUGAAGAACCAUGGAGGCCAUCAAGAAGAAAAUGCAGAUGCUGAAGCUGGAUAAGGAGAACGCUAUAGACCGGGCAGAACAAUCCGAAAUAGACAAAAAAGGAGCGGAGGACAAAUGCAAACAGCUUGAAGAGGAGUUGCUGGCCCUCCAAAAGAAGCUGAAAGGAGUGGAAGAUGAGCUGGACAAAUACUCUGAGUCACUGAAGGAUGCCCAGGAGAAGCUGGAGCAAGCUGAAAAAAAAGCAGCAGAUGCCGAGGCAGAGGUGGCAUCUUUAAACAGACGUAUCCAGCUGGUUGAGGAGGAGUUGGAUAGAGCUCAGGAGAGACUGGCUACUGCUCUGCAGAAGCUGGAGGAAGCUGAGAAAGCUGCAGAUGAGAGUGAGAGAGGGAUGAAAGUCAUAGAGAACAGAGCAACAAAAGAUGAAGAGAAAAUGGAGAUCCAGGAGAUGCAGCUGAAGGAAGCCAAACACAUCGCUGAGGAGGCGGACCGCAAAUAUGAAGAGGUCGCACGCAAACUGGUGAUCCUGGAGGGUGAAUUGGAGCGCUCAGAGGAGCGUGCUGAAGUAGCCGAGGCGAGAAUGAGGGAGCUGGAGGAGGAGCUCAGACUAAUGGACCAAAAUUUGAAAUCCAUGGUGUGCUUCGAAGAAGAGUAUUCUCAAAAGGAGGACAAAUAUGAAGAAGAAAUAAAAGUUCUUACAGACAAACUGAAGGAGGCUGAGACCCGUGCAGAGUUUGCAGAGAGGUCUGUGGCCAAGUUGGAGAAGACCAUUGAUGAUUUAGAAGAGAAACUGGCCCAAGCCAAAGAAGAAAAUCUGGAUAUGCACCAGGUAUUGGACCAAACCCUUCUGGAACUCAACAAUCUAUAGUGAUCUUUACAGAGCCGGAUUAAUGACAUCUUGAAUGAAAGCAGGAGGGGGAAAUGGUUCAUCUUUCAUAUAACUCCCAAUAAAUAAAAAAUAAAGUAAAUGCUGGGUUGGUACACAAAUGGAUCUAAAGAACCUGAGCAGGAGAACUGCAGUGAAUGCUUUUUUUUUUUUGUGCACUACAGAUUCUUAAAUAUCUUUUAAAGGAUCAAAACUGUGAUCAUCAUUAAACUGAAAUUAAGUUAAACUAGAACAUUAAUCAUGGCAAGAGCCGUCUUAAAAGUGAAAAUUUAUUUAUCAUAAGAUAUACGUUACCUAAACCAAAAAAGAUGGUAAGAUACAAAAUUCUUUUAUUUAAAAAAAACUGUUGUUUAAUACUAGUUCUGAGUAACUUCCCGAUCAAAAUUAUUGAAUUACUAUAAAACUGCUCAACAUUGACAAGUAGAAAACUACUUUUAAAUACAGAAAGUUCUAAUUUCUUACCGCUAUUCAGCACAGCAGUCACAUGAAAACAAAAGUGAUCCAAUAAUCUUUUUUAAAUGGGCAGGAUGUUUUGUUUGUUUUUAAUUUCAAUAAGGUUUGAAACUUGUUUCUUGCCAGAGGUGACAUUUUCAGUUUGAACUCUUCACCAUGCCUUUAUGUUACUUUUGGAUGCUUUG